UUCAUACAGACUCUCAAAACUUGUCUGACAGUUUUAGGCAUUGACUUGUUGAAAUUCUCUGGUCACAGUUUCCACUGCAGUGCUGCAUCCUCUGCUGCUAUCACAGGGUUUUCUGACUAUGAAAUUCAACUCUUAGGAUGUUGGCACAGUGAUGCAUACAAGCUAUAUAUUGAU